GACUGCUUCUCCGGUGGCGAGAGGUGGUGUACGGAUACAUCGUCCGGGUGCGACGAAAAGAGAAGAUUUACAGCCCGUCAACCAUGAGUCGGAAAAAAUUCGACAUUUUCGUGGGCGCGACGACCGGCGCCGUCAAAGGAAUAAAAGUCGGAGCGACGAAGAAGGAGACCAGAGUAAAGAAUUUGCUGAACCUGUCGCUUAUGACGAAGGACGACCGGGUGAGCAGGAUCGCGUGGGGCGACGACGACGAAGGGGAGAUUCUGGUUGCCUGCGGCAAGGCAGAGAGAAGGGUGAAGAUCUUUGACGCGGACAGCGGAAUACUCACACAUACGUUUUCUUGCAACAUGGGCAGCGGAUCCAUCAUCGGAAUAUCGCGAUACAACGGGCUUGUCUUGACAUCGGUCGAAUCCGGGAUAGUAAGCCUGUGGUCAUCCGCCAGUGGAAAAGGACAGGAAUUGGUGAACGCCGGAAAGAACUUGACCAGUAUGUGCCACUCGCGUGUGCACACGAACUUGAUAGCGACCGGAGGUAAUGAAAACAAAGUGAAAUUGUACAACCUGGAGAAGCAAAAGCUGGUAUUCGUUGAAAAGGAUCUUCCACACGACUGGUUGAAUUUAAAGAGACCCGUUUGGACAUCGGACGUGAGUUUCUUGCCGGGAACCCAACAGAUAGUCUCAGUCAGUAGGAACGGGCAUAUACACCUGUUCGAUCCACGCGCCCAAAGACGUCCUGUGGUGAAAAUGAUGGCGCCGGAUGACACUUGGACCAGCUUAACUACCCCGCCCAAAGAAAGACACAUUAUAGUUGGCUCAAAUAUGGGUAGGAUGAAUCUCAUCGAUCUGAGAAAGACAGGCACCGUAUUAAACACGUACAAAGAAUUCAUCGGUGGUAUAACUGGAAUAAGUUGUAGUACGACCAAUCCGUACGUCGCGAGUACCAGUUUCGAUAGAUAUUUGCGGAUGCACAAUAUCGAUACGAAAGAAAUUCUCAAAGGGAUUUAUUUAACAUCGAGAUUAACGUGUCUAAUAAUGAGAUCGGAUACCACUAUAGAAAGAGGAUAUGAGGAUGGCACGGAGGCUUAGAAUAUUAAUUAUGUUUAUGCAACAAGUGCAUGGAAAGUGCCCCAUUACGCACGCUACGGGUGCGUGAUAGACCA